AUGGCCUCACCGCCCAAGCCUUGGGAAAGAGCUUCGGGAAACCAACAUCCCACUGACUCACCUUCAGCGGCCAUCCCAUCAUCCACAAUCGCGACCACAACAACACCAUCCAGCACAUCCUCCUCCGCCGCCACACCAGCACUACCCGCACGACCAGACGCUCUCAACCGAGUCGCAUCCCAAACAGCAGGCGCUUACUCCUCCUCCCCAUACAAUCGCACAUCACCUUACUCCUCCCCAUACGGCGGCGGCAUCGGCACCGGCCUGGGUGGGAUUGGCGGCAUGUCCUCCUACAGCUCGCCCUACUCCCGCUUCGGCGGCAUGGGAGGAGGCAUGUACGGCGGAGGAAUGGGAGGGAUGUAUGGAGGUGGAUACGGCGGCAUGGGAGGCUAUGGUGGAGGGAUGUACGGCCAACCAGGCAUGAUGGGACCCAACGGACAAGAUCCCAGCUUGACGCAGACGUUCAGCAACAGCACGCAAGCCACAUUCCAAAUGAUCGAAUCCAUCGUGGGAGCAUUCGGAGGUUUCGCACAAAUGCUCGAGAGCACGUACAUGGCCACCCACUCCUCCUUCUUCGCCAUGGUCAGCGUCGCCGAACAAUUCGGCAACCUCCGCCAAACCCUCGGUUCCGUCCUCGGAAUCUUCACAAUAAUGCGGUGGAUCCGCACGCUCAUCGCCAAACUCACGGGUCGUCCUCCACCCGCUUCUUCCUCCGACCUCACACCCGCCGCCUUUGCCUCUUUCGCAGGCACACCCGGCCCCGACGGUGCUCCCGCCAAACCAUCCCGCAAACCCUUCAUCUUCUUCGUCGUGGCCGUCUUCGGCCUGCCCUACCUCAUGGGCAAACUCAUCCGCUCGCUUGCAGCCAGCCAAGAAGCCGCCGCUGCGCAACAGCAAGGCCAACUCACACUCGGUCCCGACGGCCAGCCCGCGCCCAUGGACCCUUCCAAACUCGACUUCUGCCGCGUCGUGUACGACUAUACACCCGCCACGCAACCCGGCCAGCCCUUCCAAGAAGGCAUCGACCUCGCCGUGAAAAAGGGCGAUCUCGUCGCUGUGCUCAGCAAGUCCGACCCCAUGGGCCAAGCAUCCGAGUGGUGGCGUUGUCGCGCACGAGAUGGAGGCGUGGGAUACCUGCCAAGUCCAUAUCUGGAAACGAUCCAGCGACGGCCCGCGCAGGGACAGAUCGCAGCGAAGAGUGCGAGUGAGAAUGGGAGUCGGGUGAAUACCAUGACGAGCGGCAGUCUGGGUGAGAGUCGGGCGAAUUCGAUGAAGAUUACGGAAAGGGAGAAGGCGGAGGUAAAGAAGGCGGGGAAGGAGGCGCCCCCGAUGUUGCCGGUGGGGAAAGGGGGGGAUGUGCCGGUUGAGAGUUUUCAGAGGGGGGCUUUUUACUCAUGA